CUCCAAGGCACACCGGAGAGUGAUCUCACCACAUACAAUGAUGGGAUGCUUUGCGCUACUAUAAUGUUCACACGAAGGCUCUGCGCUUGUCUACACCAGGCAGCACAGCACAGGGGGAGAAGUGAGUUAUUCCAGACCGGAGCGGGAUUUUCCUGCGGCACUUGCAUGUGUAACCUGUAAGAAUUUCGUGCCUCACUGUGGGGUUGGCAGGGAAACAUUUUGGUGCAGAGGACCCAGAGGAUACUAUUUGAAUUUGCACCCUCAGUGUUUUUUUUUUCUUUUUUUUUUUUUUUGCACGAAACAAAAAAAGACGUCCGGUUGGAUUUAAACUGCAGUCCACUUCUGAUCAACUGCAUUGCCACAACUGUGAGAGAAUAUGCAUCUAUCAUGAAACCAUGCGUCGCCGGCUUUUCUCAUGAACUCUUCCUUUGUCGGCCAGUGCAGUCUCGUGGAUGCACGCACUCGUAUCCACAAGUGGAACAUUUUGUGGCUUACAGCUACAGAGAAAAUGACUUCAGAACUACAAUGAGACAACGUGGUGGGCUAAGCAGAGGGAAUGUGUGCAGAAGUGCAGUGAGGGCAGUCCAGUGACUUGCGGACCCCCCCCCCCCACAGCAGAGUGAAUGCCGUCUCCGAUGUGGAGCUUGUCGCUGUCCGACACGAGAGUGGUGCUGAAAUUUGGAUGAUGCCUGGCCAGCGACUGCAAGGCUGCCGCUCCCUGCACUUAAACGAAGACAACGGCCGCUUCGUGCUGCUCGCCAUCCUCAUCCUACUGUACUUGCUGUGCGGCGCUGCGGUCUUCUCUGCCAUAGAGAGGCCCUCGGAGCAGCAGGCUCACGGCCGCUGGAACGGGACGCUCCACAACUUCAGUGAGACCUUCAACAUCAGCCUGCAGGACCUCAACUCCUUCCUGCGGGAGUACGAGGCUGCCAUCGCCGCUGGGAUCCGGGCUGAUGCUCUGAGGCCACGAUGGGAUUUUACAGGGGCUUUUUAUUUUGUUGGAACUGUGGUGUCGACUAUAGGUUUUGGGAUGACAACUCCGGUGACAGUUGCAGGGAAGGUGUUUCUUAUCUUUUAUGGGCUUCUCGGCUGCGCUGCCACCAUCCUCUUCUUUAACCUCUUCCUGGAGCGAAUCAUCACACUGCUGGCUGUUGUGAUGAAGGCUGUGAGGGAGCGCAGAAUCAGGAACAGUGGCCUACUCCCUCCAGGAAUUCGCCAUGACUUCUCAGCCUACUCUCUCCCAGGGUGGAAGCCAUCAGUGUACCAUGUGAUGCUAAUUCUCGGGAUAUCAGCCAUCACCAUCUCCUGCUGUGCAUCGGCAAUGUACACACCAGUGGAGGGCUGGGCCUACUUAGACUCUCUUUACUUCUGCUUUGUCACUUUUAGCACCAUCGGCUUUGGGGAUUUUGUGAGCAGCCAGAACGCAGCUUACGAAUACCAAAGCAUUUACAGGGUGGCCAACUUUCUCUUCAUGCUAAUGGGCGUUUGCUGCAUCUAUUCACUCUUCAAUGUCAUCUCUAUUGUUAUCAAGCAGGUGCUCAAUUGGAUGCUGGAGAAAAUGAGCUGUUUGUUUUGUCAGCGCUGCAAUAAGGCCAACGCGUUCCUGGGCCGACGCAACGCCAUUCGCCCAGGCUCCAAGGGUCGCCAAAAUCGAGGUGGCCAGCCGCCAGACUCAGAUGGACCUUGUGAUAGUGACACUGAGGGGCGCAGACUAUCAGGGGAGAUGAUCUCCAUGAAAGACCUAGCAGCCUCCAAUAAAGUGUCCCUGGCUAUCAUGCAGAAACAGCUGUCAGAGUCAGCCAAUGGAUAUCCCAGGACAGUUUGUGGCAGCUCACGCCAUAAUGGUUUCUCUGGGGGGGUUGGCGCCCUCGGUAUUAUGAACAACAGGCUGGCAGAGACAAGUAACUCCAGGUAGAAGAAAUAUGAGUACUCCUGUUCUCAUGCUAUGGAACAAGCCCUGAGGUUAAGCACCGUAGAAAAAACAAAACAAGUCUUUUGAAAUGGAUGGCCAGUGUAACUUGUUAUGCAUGAUACAAAUGUAUUUUUUAUCAUUAUGUUUGUUGGAAAUUACAAGCCUAUGGUGAUAAUACUGUUAAUAAUGAUGGUGAUUGUAAUGAAGGUAAUGAUGCUAAAUUACAUGAUGAAGACAGCAUGAUGAGAGAACCACAAAACACAUACAUAGGUUGAUCUGGAAGCAUGGGAACCACCCAUCACUCAUUCCAUUAACCUCAAACCCAACACAGAACAAAUCACUGCAAGUCUCAGUAAGUAUCAGUGUUAGUCUGCAGAGGAUAUAGCCUGUUUGUUCAUGCUCAAUAUAUCAAAUGUGUAUGACUGUAAUGUUGUACUAUAACGGAGCCAGGGAAGUAUAUAGCAUUUUCUUAAUUGUUUGGGGGUUUUGCCAGUUUAUUUGAAUGUACAUGCACAUAUUGAAUGCUAAGCAGUCUGAGAGUGUAAUCAGUGAAUGAUAUGGCACAUACUGAUCUAUGCAUUAUACUUGUCAUGCAUUUUUUGCACCAUUUUGAGACCUUCCAUUGAUUGUGUAAAAACCCGUUUUUUCCCCACACCAGUCAAGUUUUACCCUCAGGUGACAGUGUGAAACAUACAGUGCAGUCUCUGAACAUGGCUGUGAUGUAGCUGAUUAUGACAGCGCUGUGAGGGGCAGUUUGCAAUGCAUCACACAAGAAGGCAAGAAAAGAAUAAGUUGCCAUUGCUUGAAAUGGAGAAAAGAGCAAGAGUUUAAGAAUGAAAAUCCAUUUCUCAUGAGAGAGGAGCCGGCCUUCUUAUCAGCUCAGAACAUGUUUCAGCGGCCAAAGACUUUGACUUGAAGGGUAAAAGAAGGCACCUUCCAACUGUGUCGUUUGCCUUUUUCUCAAGCUUACAGCUCUCUGCAAGGAAAAACAAAUGAUAACAAUUUGUUGUGUAUUAACGACUCAAAGAACAUAGGCUGUAGACCUACGUAUUUGUAUAGUUUAUUUGAGUUGAAAUGAAAGGGGGUAGCAUGAGGAGGAUGAGCAGGAGGAGGAGAAAAAGGCAAAUUAGGAAUGCUCCUACCCUGCAUGCACAUUAUGUUAAAUAAUGCAGAUUGAGACAAGCCAGGUCAACCUCAGAUUGCUGAAGUGAAAAACAAAUCCUGAAGGACUGUCCCACAGGCAUUGAUUCAUCUCAUGUGGAGAUUAUCUGUUUUCAUCAAUGAAGACCUCUUUCCCUGUUAAAACAAAGUAUGAUCCAGAAGCAUACAGGGGUUGCAUUUCCACUUGAUUUCACUGCAAAUGUGUAGCCGAGGUUUAAUGGAUAGGGGGUGUUUGUGGAGGAUAAGCUGCUAUCCUGUCAGGCUGCACGAUCAAUGUCCUUGUUGCCGGCAACUAUCUCUUCCGAGGCAUCAGUGAUUUAAAGCAGUGAGAUGGUGUUCGUAAACAGUCACGCAGAGGGAGGAGAGAUUGAUAGUUAAACAGUCCGGGAGACUGUGGUAGUGGGUAAGUAGAUGGAAGGACAGAUGACAAUAGCUGCAAAAGAAGAGAAUGUGUUAAUAGUAUCAGUGAAGGACUCCCCUCAUAUCCAUAUUCAUGCCCGAUGUAUGACAGCCAAGGGCUCAACUUUUCCUUGUGUUUAUCUUCAGUGUCUGAUAGCCUCCCGGACCACUCACUCCUUCCCCUCUGUCAUCUCUGCAUUCACUUCACACUGCACCAAAACCCUCCUGCUUCCUUUUUCUUGCAGAUCUCGGCUCUCUCCUCACACUCAUCGCCCUAACACUGUGAACAUGAGAGAUGCCACAAAUGUGUAUAUAAACACUGGAAUGUCUUCAGCAGGUGUGAAAUAGGUCUUUUGUUGAUUUUUUCUAGUGCUGAAUAAUCUCCUGUGUUCCCCAGUCUAACCAAGAGGAAUAGAGAAAAUGACUCAGGUAGUUAAAUCUUCAGGCUUGUCUUAGUUUCCUGCAUGCCAAUAUGGUAAAGCCAUACAAGAUAGGUGUAUAUAAAACAGAGGACUCUUUAAAGUCUAUUUUUCUACAUAUAGCUUUCGAUAUCUACUCGUGGAUGAUUGAAAAGUCUCACUGUCACACAUCUCUUACACAGUCAGUCUGCAGAUUGAUGAGAUAGAGCAUCCAGAUCUGAAUUUCCCUCUUAAAACACAGAUAUUAUGGUGACAAAAGUGAACACUCUUUCCAGAUGUUAAAAAUUCCCAGCUCAGUGGCCUAUGAGCAGCAGAGUGAGCACAUGUUGGUGAUGUGAUGUGAUGCUUGCAGUGCCGGGGGGGCUCAUAUAUUGCCACACUGUCGAUAGCAGUGACAGUGCAGACAAAGAAAAGUGCCAAAUCCUGGGACAUUUGAGCAGGACUGUGGGCAUUCUGUAGCAAAUGACAUAGUUUGAAUUCAAUAGUGCUCCCCGCUGUAAUAUGUCACCAAAGGGGAAAGGUUUUUCUGGCACUUUUCUAUAAUGAUGACUCCCAAAUGAUGAUAUAUGUGAACCCUAUUUCCCUGUGAGGGUUAAGGUUACAAUGGCAGCACCUGAUUUUCAAAAACCCAUUCAGCAAAUGGGGUCUAGCUACCUGUUGUACCCUUAUCCUUAACUAUGACAGAAAGCAUGCAUGUAUGCAUUUAUGUGCCCAAACCAGUGUGUAAAUGACUGAAAUGAGAAUUAAAAGGACUGAUACUUUAUCUUAAAUGCUUCCCUUGACAUCAGUUCCCUUGAAAAGUUAUUCCACUCAAUAUAAUAUCCAUGAAAAUGUAUUUUCCUUAAGUCUAAAACACAUCAAAAGCUUAUAAGACAUUUAAUAUAAUAUUUAGAAAAAAAAAAAAAGUUUGCUCACCUAAAAUGCAUGUGUGGCUUGAAAAUCAAAUGCCUUACUUUAGUCCUUACAUAUUACAAAAAGGUUCCCUGUUGAAAAGAUUAUAGUGUGUAGAGCUUGUGUGUUGUACUAUACAAUCCUUUUGCAUUUUGCAAAAUUGAUCUCCAUUGAUUGCAAUGGUUUUAACAGUCCCACUGUCCUCUGUAUCUUCUGUAAGAGGAGACAGGUGGUCUUAGGAAUUACUGUUUGUAUUUGUUAUCAAGAUGCUUCUUCGACGUGAUAUCAGACUUUUUGUUUUCGUGCAGUUAAUUCCUGCCAUGUUAUCAUCAGACGUGGAAUUCAACUCGAUAAAAAAAUGAUGCAAAACUUUCAAGCCAACGCUAUUUGUACAUAAUAUGGGUAAACAUAACAGACUUGGAUCACAGCACCGGGUGGCUUACAGUAAAGCUGUGAACCUUAAAUUGAAAUCUGCCGAUGUUUAUUAUUGUCAAAGCAUAUUGUUCUGUACUCAGAAAAAAAAUCUGUUGUGUUAUCAAGAGCUCUUUGACUGUAGAAAAGCUCAACUGAAAUGCUCCAUAGCAGGUACAAGCCCCGUAAUAAAACAGUUAGUUUGAAUAACUGCGACUGGAGUUGUUGUUAGUGUUCAUCUGCAUGGCUGCUGAUGGUGCUAAGAGCUUUAUUAUUUAUUCAGCAAUGCUAUUAUUUCUUUGUGAUCACAGUAUGAUACAUAACACUGUGCAUUCUUCAGUUUCCUCUGGGGCCGAGUGAACGAACACUUGUAUUUUCAGACUGUUAAAGCUGGAACAAAAUGUUAUGUACAAAAAUUUGGCAAGGGCACAGCUGUAAAUGUAUCAUUCACGCUCAGCAACUGAAUGAUGUAUUACUGGCUUGGUUGGCUGCGUCUGAUCUUUAACAAGAGCUGCAUUGUUAGCUUUGAUCUGGAACUUGAUUUCCAAAUUCACAGGACAUUGGCACUUAAUGUAUUUUUAAUGGAGACUGAUGAUAUGGAGCCAUAAACCACAUCCAGAACGGGAUUUCAAAGCUGCCUCAGGUGUCUGUGAUCCACAGUUACGUUGACCUUUGGCUCUAUCAACAUCAACAUUACUCUACACCUUGAUGUGUGACUCAUGUUGCUUGCAUCGUGGUGUAACAUUAAGUUAAUGUAUGCAAAUUAAUUCUGUUUGCAAGUUGCACAUUUAUACCAAUGAUUGUACUUUUAUAUUUAUG